GUAUGGUUUGAAAACAGCCUGACUCUAAAAAAUAACUCUGCCCCUUUAAGAGCAGCAGAGCAGGGAUGAGUUGAGUGUGGAUGCCAUUUUGCACAUGGUGACAAACUCUCUCCUACUCUUUACGCAAGCUACACAACGUUUACCUUUCGUCAAGACAAAGAGGAGUAAGCACACUCAGAAAUGGCGUCCUCUAGCCGUCUCAUGUCUGAAGUUCAGUUCCAGUGCUCUAUCUGUCUGGAUGUGUUCACUGAGCCUGUCUCCACUCCAUGUGGACACAACUUCUGCAAGGUCUGUAUCAGCGGAUACUGGGAUACCACUGACCUGUGCCAGUGUCCACUGUGCAAGCAUAAAUUCAACAGAAGACUUAAGCUAAAAACCAACACAACACUCAGGGAUGUUGCAGAUUAUUUUAAGCGGAAGAGAGCGGGAGACCUAGAUGAGUCCCUCCCUUCGCUUAGAGAAAUGGUCUGUGAUGUUUGCACUGGCAAACGGUGUAAGGCUCUGAAGUCCUGCCUGGAGUGUCAAACCUCUUUCUGUGAGACUCACCUGCAGCCUCAUCAGAGAGUCACCGGCCUGAAAAGGCACAAGCUAAUAGACCCCGUGGAGAACCUGGAAGACAGGAUGUGUAAGAAGCAUGACAGACUGCUGGAGCUGUUCUGUAGGACCGACCAGACGUGUGUGUGUCAGUUCUGCAUUGAGACAGACCACAAGAAUCACCACACCGUCCCUCUAGAAGAAGAGUGUGGAGAGAGGAAGGUUCAGCUGGGGAAGACGGAGCGACAGAUACGGCAGAUGAUCAGGGAACAACUAGAGAAGGUUCAGAAUAUCAAACACUCAGUAGAGCUCAGCAAGAGAGAUACACAGUGCGAGAUGGCCGACAGCCUGCGGGUCUUCAGUGAUCUGAUGGAUUCCAUUGAGGAACGCAAGGCUGAGUUCAUUGAGGAGGUUGAGAAGAAGCAGAAAGCAGCAGAGAAUCGGGCUGAAGGGUUUAUUAAAGAGCUGGAGCAGGAAAUCACUGACCUACGUAGGAGACACACUGAGUUGGAACAGCUCUCACACACUGAGGACCACCUCCACCUCCUCCAGACCUUCCCAUCCCUGUGUACCCCUCCAAACAUCAAGGACUGGUCUGAGAUCAGUGUUUACAGUGAGACGUGUGUGGGGAAUGUGGGGAGAGUUUUGAUAAAUUCCUUGUCUAGGCUGGAGACGAUUGUGAGAUUCUUUUCUGAAAGAUGCACUAAAGCAGUGGCGCACUUUCAUGACAUCAAUCUGAAGAAGAUGCAGCAGUAUGCAGUGGAUGUGAUUCUGGACCCUGAUACAGCAUAUGACAGGGUUGUCGUAUCCAAGAACAGGAAACGGGUGAGAAAGGGAGUUAGAAGAAUGAUUCUCCCUGACAACCCAGGUAGGUUUCUUUGGAGUUACUCUGUCUUGGGAAAACGGGGCUACUCCUCUGGGAAAUUCUACUAUGAGGUGCAGGUGAAGGGGAGCGUUUCCUGGAAGUUAGGCGUGGCCAGAGAGUCCAUCGAGAGGACUGGGUUGUUGUGUUCACUGAGCCCGAAGAAUGGAUUCUGGACUGUGGAACUCGGGAAAGGGGAUAGGUGUCAGGCCAACAACUCUCCUUCUCUAACUCUCUUCAUUGAGAAGCCCCAGAAAGUGGGGGUGUUUGUGGAUUUUGAGGGGGGUCGGAUCUCCUUCUAUAAUGUGGAGGCCACGUCUCAUAUCUACUCUUUCAUUGGCUGCAACUUCACUGAAAAACUCUAUCCAUACCUUAACCAUUGUUGGUUUUGAUUUUGGAGUUCAAACGUCUGCUCCAUUGGUCAUUACUCCAAUCAAUCAUUUACACAGACUUAAUCAGAGUCCAAUAAGGCCAUAGAGGUUUAAGCAACACAGAAUCGGCAAUGUAACAUAUUACGAACCUGACGACGCUGAAAACGAAACUUGUUUGUUAAUGUAAAAUAUAAAUAAGUGCUUAAGCCUGUCUUC